AGUUUUAUCGUAAAAAUAAAAGUGAGUUAUCUCGUAAUGGGCGUUUCAAAACACAAACAUACAAAGUUACGUUAAAAACUUAUAGCAAUGCUUGAUUGAAAGUUGUUACGCGAAAUCUUGAAGCAUUUCAUAUUGUUAGAUUUGAACAUUAAACUAAUCACGAAGGACGGAAGGAAGGGUCAACUAGAUGGAUCACAAUACUGAGGUUGUACAUACAGUACGAUAAACUCUCAUCCCUGGACUGGGAUGAGGCGCAGAUGUCACUAGUCUUGAUAUCGUACAUGUAUAUAACUUUCAACUUUACACAGCCAUUUCAUCAGUGAUAAAAGAAAUAAGUGCAAGUGUACGUUCGAUUACGAUUACAUUUAGUAAUCAUAACAAUGUCAAUACAGGUAUUAUUUCGGUGUGUAAACAAAUGUUUUAACGUUCGCAUUUUAAAACUGACAACCCAAAACUCGGAAGCUAAUGCAGUUUGUAUUUCUAUAAAGCCAUGGAGCGGUAUCGAGCGCAGGAGUUACAGUACGACCCAAGCUACCUGCUGGCCGGUGGCGUGGCCAGCUUCCUGCUCAAUAUCCUCUUAUUUCGGUUUGUGAGUCCCAGCGUGUCCGCCUGUUUGUCGCCAGCAUACACCCGCCUCCCGAGACACGUCCGAGCAGAGUGGGACGAUAGGUUUAUCUCAAAUGUGAACGCCCUGGUUUCCAUCGCCCUGUCCUCCUACACGCUACUCUGGGACGCCGGGAUGCACGAGGACCGCGUCUGGCACGACACUUUUGCUGCGCGCCUCGCAUGCGCAGUAGUGGUUGGCUACAUGGCAGCUGAUCUCGCCUGCAUGGUCGCCUGGUGCCGUGUGAGCCGCGGCGAGAUGGCCGGCUACCUGUUUCACCACGCUGCCACAAUCUAUGCAUACUACUUUAUUUCUGCUUAUGGGGUACUUUGCUAUUUCGGGAUGCUACGCCUGAUCGCAGAGGCUUCCACCCCAACAGUGAACCAAAGGUGGUAUUUUGACAAGCUGGAGUACUCGCGGUCACGUCCGUUGGUGGUGCUGAAUGGCUUUCUCAUGGUGGCGACGUUCUUCUUGUUCCGGAUGUGCGCCAUGCCGGUGUACUGGUUCCAGGUGUGGCAGGUGGCCGGGAGUGAGGCGGUGACACGGCUCGGCCAUAUCCGGGCAAUCAUGUUCGUGCCCACGUUCGUCCUGGAUGUUCUCAACACGUUCUGGUUCUACAAGAUGUGCCGGGGCUUCGUCAAGGCCAUACGGACUCUCAAAACCCCGAUCAAAGACAUGGAACGGAAAACUGUCUAAAAUACUACUAGUAUUUAAGAAUGUUUCAUUCUGUUACAAAACUAUGAUUUACUGGUGGUGCUAUUAUGGACCAGCAACUGAUCGAGUGUGUCGGUUUCUUUGGUGCAUUAUGUUUGCGUGUUCAUUUCAAUGCACUUUUACUUAGACGUGUACUUACAUUUAUCAAUUUGAAAAUGUAGCAAUUAUAUGUUUAAAUAGUUCUUAUACAUGUACAUAUUUAAAAAAACAGUCAUAGUAGCAAAUUACGAUUCAAACUCCCCUGUAAUAUUAGAACCUCCGAUCAAAUGUCUUAAAUACGUCAACAAGUUUACUAUUAACUCAUUAAUUACUGUCUUAAAUGAAAAUGUUUGAAACCAAA